GUUUCAAGUUUCUUGUUCCGAGGCGCAAUCAUGGGGCAAAUCAAAGUUUGCGGACCUGUCCGCCAUUGGGGCCAGAUUGCCAGGUUCAGAUGGCUUGCUGUCAUUCUCUUAGCAGCUUGGCAGGCAGAACAUGUGCAAUGCAGACUGCAGCCAACUCGAGGUGGCGCACUCGAUGGCUCGGAGGAAUGGGGGUACACCGAAGUCCGAGAAGGUGCGCACACUUUCUGGUGGUUGUACUACAGCAACGCGACAUUAGCUUCCGUCCACGAUGCAACGGUGCCCCUGGUGCUGUGGCUACAGGGUGGGCCCGGGGCAUCUGGGGUGGGCUUCGGCAACUUUGCUGAGAUCGGGCCUCUCAACCUCAAUCUAGAGCCACGCCCCCACACAUGGCUCCAGAAGGCGCACCUGCUUUUCGUCGACAACCCUGUAGGAACAGGCUUCAGCUAUGUCGAGAAAGCUUCCCAGCUGACCCGGACCAACGCUGAAAUUGCUGCCGACCUGGUCGCCUUUGCUGCGGCCUUCUUUGAGGAGCACCCCGCCCUUCAAGCGACCCCCUUUUACAUCAUCUGCGAGAGCUACGGCGGGAAGAUGACGGGGGAAUUCGGUCUCGAGUUGCACAGAGCGGUCCAAAAGGGCCAGGUGAAGACCAACUUCAGAGGCGUCGCGCUUGGUGACUCGUGGAUCUCGCCCAUCGACUAUGUCCUGGCGUGGGGUCCCCUGCUCCAGUCCUACUCGCUGGUGGACAGAGUGGAAACGGACGCCAUCCAAAAGUUUGCGGACGCCACCGAGAGAGCGCUCGAAGCCGACGCGUUCACGAACGCGACCAGCCUGUGGGCCGCCACGGAGGACAUCAUUGAGACCUACUCCGAGAACGUCAACUUCUACAACCUUCUGCUGCACUCCCCGCCCAAUCUGGCAUCCGACGAGUGUUCUAAAAGCGAACGCCUGGCCUGGAGCGAAGCAGUCCUAGAGUCGGUCGAGCGAAACCUUCAGAGAGUGUCGGAGGCCCGCGCCUCGCAGCAAAGCUUGCGCCUACGAAGAAAAAGACCGCAGAACAUGGGAGCGACGGAUCAGACGGUUAGGAAACUGCACGCUGCGGCCUUGGAUACAGAAGAGGGGGCGGUUUCGGGGGGCGCACUCUUUGCCGAGGCUGUGGAAAAGCUGAGGACGAAGUACGUCGAUCGACUGCAUACAGACCCGUUGGAUGGGCUGAUGAACGGGCCGAUCCGACAAAAGCUCGGAAUCAUUCCCAAAAACGUCAGGUGGGGUGGGCAGUCGACCCAGGUGUUCGCGCGCCUGGCAGGAGACUUCAUGAAGCCCGUAGUCGACAAGGUAGAAGCUCUUCUGGCUACCGGGGUGAGCGUCACCGUGUACAGUGGACAGCUGGACCUGAUUUGCUGUACCACCGGCACGCAGGCUUGGAUGCAAAGCUCCAAGUGGCCGGGGCUCGACACGUGGAACAAGGCGCAGCGGCAGCCCAUCUACGUGGAAGCGUCCCCGCAGGUGGUAGCGUUCGUCAAGGCUUCCGACAACCUGGCCUUCUACUGGAUCUUGAACGCGGGUCACAUGGUACCGGCAGAUGUACCUGUCGUUGGCUUGGAGCUCUUGACGAGGAUCACGCGCAGCUAGUCAGCGGACUCGAUAGGUAGGUUCAGAGGUUGAUUUCCGUCUAAUGCUCGAAGAGCCCUGGUGAAGUCUGCAGAGAGCUAUAGCAUGUGGAACCGGAACAAGCGUAGGGACUGGGACGCGUACGGCAAUAGUUGUCCUGAGCGCACCCAGUCACGGUUGUUCCCGAGUGCGGUCGAUUUGUGUCCAUUGUGAUGCCGAUUUACGUGCAGUGGCACUCAUAUGAAGAUUCCAUCCCGUCUUCCAGUGCCGACCCUAUCCGUGAAGUGGCCGAGG